UACCUCGCCUUCUCUCCGCAGACAUGUCAUCUAAGUACUCCGGCGGCCCCACAGAAACCGAACGCUGCAUUGAGCCACUGCUGGAUGUGUUACAGCGCUACGCCGGGUGUGAUGAGAAUGCUGCUUCCUUCUCCAAAUUGGAGUGCCCGAAGUUCAUGAACACCAAGCUGGAGUCUUUAACGAAGAACCAGAAAGACCCAGGUGUCCGGGACCACAUGAUGAAGAAACUCUACAUGAACUACGAUGGCCAAAUGGACUUCGGCAAAUUCUUGAACGUCAUUGGUGGUCUGGCACAAGCCUGCCAUAUUCAAGUGCUGUCAUCCCCAACCAGCAGUGGAUCCCAGAAACCAUGA